CAACUUGUGCGAAUGAUUGGCCCACGCGGGUCUUUUGAAACGCGUAGGCAAAGGAGACUCUGACUAGUAGACCUCCUGGAUCCAACCCAAUCCAGAAUCCGGAGGAGGCCAACCGGUGUAGCGGUAGACUCCGAUUGAGAGGAGGAGAGAGAAAGAGGCAGGCAGAGAUGCUCGAAAGCCCUGCACCUGCAGCUCAGCCUGAUUCCACCACCGUCGUCAAACGCUAUGCUCCUCCCAAUCAAAGGAAUCGUUCUCUUAACAGGCGCAAAUCAGGAGCCAGAAUGAAGAUUCUGUCUACAGUUAUAUUUCCAAAACAUGGAAAAGUUCUUUGUAUUAAACAGUUAAGCUACCGGUUUGAUCGAAGUAACAGUCUUUAUGCAAGUGAUGCAGAGAAGAAUCAACAGUUUGCCCCUCCAAGAAACCUUCCAAUUGUAGAUCAUGUUGAUGUAGGGAGCAGCAAUGUCCUGAAUGAGAACUCUCGUCCAGGCUUAAUAAGUUUAGAUGGGUGCUGUCGCAGUGAGGCUUCCCAGCUUUUAAAUGAUCGUUGGGCAUUGGCAAUGCAUAAUUACAAUGACGAUUCCAUAGAUUUAUCUGAAUGAUUUUUCAGGUGCAGAGAGAAUAAUUUUACAAUUUGAAUAAGAGAGGAGAGAGAAAUGUUGACUAAGAGCUAUGCGGGAGCUGUUUACAUCAGUUUUCAACUGAAAAAUCAGUAAUUGAAAGUUAGAGGGAUUUUAAUGUGCAAAAUUUUAAAGUUUAUGAGGUUUUAUAUUACGUUUUAAAGUUUAAGGACUGUAGUGUUACAACCAUAUAAGUUCAGGGAUAGUUAUUGAAAUUUACCCUUUAAAAUGGAUGUCUUUUACAAACAUUGCUUGUGGAUUUUACUAAUGUCUCUUUAGUCAUUGGGCGUAUCAUGUGUGAACUUUUGGUUACUGUUUUGGUUUGUUCAUUUUCUAAUUGGGUGGCCUUUUUCCUCCUCUCCUUUGAUGUUGGAGUCUUUUCUCGCAAUGCAAAAUAUGGUAAAACUCAAUCAUGUUUUAAAUUUAGGAAAGCUUCUGGAUGUUAACUGUUAUAACUUU